AUGAGCUCACACGUUCACCAUAAACAGUCAUCGACUGCUCAGGACGAUUUUAAUCUUACCAAUCUCAAUCUUCAGAUAGAUGCCUUUUCUCACCUGAGAAAAGAAUCCUUUGACUUGUACAAUCGGCUGCAUUCGAUUCAGGAAGAUGUCCAGUUCGUAAAACAAGUACACGCAGCGUAUCCAACGAUUCCUCUUAUUCCAAACUUACGCUGCGGAGCUUGGUAUUGUGAUCCUGCUAUCUCAGCUCCGUAUCCUGCCUAUUUCAAGUCGACCGAUGGGCAUACGUCAAACUGGGACUUCAACCUGCGGAGGCCCAAUUUACAUAUUUUACCAGUCAUAUCAGAGGCGAGAGGGAUUGUAUUAGUGGAUUCCACGCGGGCAGGCAAACGUAUUCCAGAUGCGCUCUCAAAGACAGUACCAAUCUGGUGUGCAGUGGUCAAUCGAGCGAUGGUUUUACGAUACCCAAAACUACGUGCGGAGAAUAGUUGGGAUACAGCCCUUCAUACACCCCCUCUGUCCGUCAGUAAGCAGGAACACAUGCAGAUUGAAGGCUUGCUGGAUGGUUGGGCAGGGGCACUCGUCGAAUCCAGCUAUACCCUCCCAGAACUAAGCAAACCAGUCCGCCCAAUCUGGAUAACACCGGCUUCAUCUAGUUUUCCACAGCUCAAUGGCGUUGAUUUUUUACCAGUGAUAUGUGUAUCCGCGUCUCGAUACAUCGAAGAGGGAUUAGAUCGACGGACUGGAGGUUUUGUGUACGUGCAAGGGUCCGGGGACGAUCAUGAGUUGUGGGGGAAGGGCCUUACUUCGCAGAAAUACUGGGCCCAUCAUAACCUCCUUCUCUCAGCGCACCGGUUCGACAUUGAAAAAAUAGUUGAAUCUGUGACAAAAAUGCACGAGGACGGCCUGCGCGACAGAAAUCCGCCCAGCAAAAUCAACAAAAUCGGAGCCAAAAUUCAGCUAGCUGCCUUGCAUGACAUUCUACCGCAGAUGCACAACACAGGAGAAGACUUCAUAGCUUACGUGUUAAUUUCUAACAACGCAAACGAGUGGUCGGACAUGCAAAACGGCCAAGAUGUCGACGAAAAAGGGUUGAUACUGCGUAUAGUCUCUCCCGAGGGCAAGAAAGGGCAAAAACACUUCCUUCAAGUGGUACUCCCUCUCUCCCUUCAAUUUAUCCAUUCGCAGCUUUCUCGAGGAGUCUCUGUUUGCAUCUCAUGUCCUACCGGGAACGAUGUCAGCGUAGGAGUCGCAGUAGCAGCCCUCCAAAAAAGUUUCGAUGCUAAUGGGGAACUUGUUCUGGACGGUGGUAGUAUGCAAGGAGUUGCUGGUGCGUUCCAACUGUCAAGUGUCUCCCCGAAGUUGAUUAAACUUUAG